AUGAAUGUCUCGGAAGCCGUGCGGUUGAAAGUUGAACGGCAUGCUGGAAAAGUCGGUCGGUCGGUUUGGAAAACUAGGCCGCGCCGCAGUUUUGCUCCAUGGAAAAUCGAAUUUCAGAUACUUUUUUCCCUUUUUCUAUAUUUUAACUUUCUUUUCAUCAGUUUUCUAGGAUAUGGGACACAUGCUCCUCACUUCGAACUGAACUGUUUCUUAUUUAUUAUCGUUUUUCUCGGUAAUGUUUUACGUUUUACUGGAUCAAAAAAAAAAAGAAGUUGGAAAUUCUAAGUGUUCCAUGGAGCGAAAUUGCGUCGUUGCCUAGUUUUCCAAACCGACCGACCGGACCAACCGACUUUUCCAGCAUGUCAAGUUGAACGGUGACAGAAAGUAAGAGCCAUUGUAGGCCUCAGCGCUGACCAGACCGACAAACAUGCGGCGGGGCAUUUUACUGGUGAAAAGUGUGUUGGCGAGCGCGUCCAAACGGCCCGAUUCGAUCAAAAAAAGAGUUUAGUCUGGACCAGCGCCCGAGCUCGUUCGCAAGACCUUCGGCCACAUCAAACUCGUUGACCAGCGCAUAAACAUCCGUGAUAUUGAAGCGGUACUUAACGCUGUUUUGUUGAAAGAUUCGAUCAGAAACUCGCUCUUGUUCGGAUACACUGUCAGUUUGACGUUGCAGAAACUGAUUGACAUUGAUUCAUGAGGUAGAUCGAGAGAUUGCAUGCUACUUGACAAGACUUGCCCCCUUUGACCAUCUCAUAGCGAGUCUUUUAUCCAGCGCUGCUCAUAUCAUCAAGUUUUGGCUCAUGAGUAUAGCCAGCAAUCGAAAGAGUAGAGUUUUUAACGUUCGAAUCCAGCAUAAGGGUUGAUUCCAAGUAGCUUUUAGACUUGCUGGGAGUUUAUGUGCAAAGUAAUAGUCCGAAUAAUUGAAUGGGCAGUAUUAUUUAUCGGGGCAUAAGUAGUCACGUCCUCGGGUUUUACGCCAGCAGGGGAAUGACUGGAUUACCAAACUCAUCGGUUAUUUUGAACGUAAAUAAAAUCCAUGUUCGUUUCAGGUUCAAAUAAGAUCUUGAAUUGUUUGUCAGAGUAAAUUCUGGGAAUGUCGAACAAAUGGCGUCUGACCCCCGAACAAACUUCUCACACGCAUCAGGGCUUCUCCGUCCGCUUCGGACCAAUAUUCUCUUGAAAAUCUCUUUGUUAUUUUAUUGAAAAUAUGUAAUAGUCACUUUUUCCCCUCAUUUCUCACAAAGUAGUCUUAUAUUCAAGUCCCUCAACAGAUACCCUUUCGUACGAAAAAUUUUAAAUUUACUGUUUUUUUGUUUGAUUUAUCAACUUUUUUUGUAAUAACCCAAAAAAAUAAGUUUAAAAAUUCAUGCUUGGAUUCUUGCAAGGGGCAACGCGACCGCGACCCUUCGAGUCAUUCCAAUUUUUGUUCCAAUCAAAGAUAAAUUGAACAAAAAAAGUACCGCAUCUCAACAUAAUUUCGCACGAAAAAAGUUUUGUUUUCUCUUCUUUUUUCGAAAAAGUACCAAACUUUAGCCGGAAAGUUGUUUUUCAUGGUGCGCCUUUAAUAAGUCGAGAUAGAUCAGAUGUCAAAAAAAAAGGACGCCAAGCCGACCGCGCCGCACCGGGAGGCGUCGUUGAUCUGGUCCUUUUUUGUCCACCUCUACACAUCAAAUGUAAAUCUCUUGAUUCUAUGACGAAGAGGGUUGAAUUUGAUGGAUUGGGUCCGCUUUGAACUCAAAGCCGGUUCCUUCUGCCCUCUUUUUCAAAAAAACGUUUAUUUUUAUUUUUUUGUUCUUCAAAAAGGAUGCCGCCAGAACAAUUUUUUUCGUUUCUUUUUUUCGUCUCGGUAAGCUGAAAGCAACAAUUUCCGUUGAUUUCAAGCUGGCUCUUUUUUUUGUAAAGAAAAAGCGCAAUUUUUGCCCGAGGGUUUUGAUUUUUACCUUUUUACCAAAUUUUUUUGAAAUUUCAAGGUUGUGAUUUAUCCAUAUUAUGCACUGGAAACAAAUUUCUCAUUGUCAAUGACAACACAGUGGUAGCGGAACUUAAAAAGCGAACAACUAUCCAGGUCAAACUUAUUGCUCAGCAAGUUGCGGAGGAUGGUUUUGUAGCUGCAUGUCGCUGACCUCGGCUUGCCUAUUUUAUCGAAUUUACGCUCAACCAACUGAUGAACACUUAUUCGCUAAAUACACAUGCGCUAACUGGCCAGGGGAAGCAGUACUUAGUGUUACUAUCCAAACGGACUCUGAUUCGAAAACAGUGCCCAUGAAAAUAUCCGAAGGAAUCACUUCUUCAUGGAAAAACAACAAUGUUGCCUCAAAUUUGACUCUGCCAUCUUUAGAUCCUAUGAUAACAAACAUGAACUUCAUCCAACUAGGUAACGAAAUAGCAAUCGACGAUAGCUUAUCAUUGUAUAAUUACCCACUCCAUUGUGAAGAAAAUAGAAAUGGCACUUAUCACGAAAAAUGGAUUUGUACAGCUGGCGAAGAAGCAGCCAAUUCUGAAUGCAAAAAUACGAAUCUUUUUAAAUCACUUUGAUCGGAAAACUCUCUACCUUUUUUAGGAGAAGGAUAUCAAAUCGUAAAAUCAGAUUCUCCAUCAGUUCCAAUAUUAAAGACUUACUUCACGUCAUUUCAUUUUCAAAUAAAAUUUAAUCAAAUAUUACACCUCAAGUAUUUUCAACUCUCUUCCAUGUAUUAUCACGGAUUAUACUGACUACGUAGGAUGCUAUAAAUGCAAUAAACCGGCUACAACUACGAUUACUUCAUUUUCAAAUUUAGAGUUCCAAUGAAAGUUUCCGAAAUUGCGAAAUCUUUCGAAAUUCUGGAAGAAGUUCAGCGACAACGAAAAAGAAAGCGUUUCGAAGACAACAACCCCCGGAAGCCGUCAAAUGCGCCUUCUGCGACCUCGAACACCUUUCUACUAACUGUACCAUCACUAUGGAUCCGACGGACAGAUAUGCCAUUAUCAAAGCUAAAAAACUCUGUCCCAUAUGCAUUAACCCCAACUCCCAUCUACUUUUUAGAUGUAACUACUUGUACAAAACCGCAUCCUCGGCGACUUGCCAGGUAUCGGAAUGCAUCUCCUUUGGAGUCUUACACGCAAAAAUCUUGUGCAAAAGGUCUCAGCACAACUCCUCAUAAAUCCUGGAACUAGAAUAUAAAAUCCCAUAACAUAAAAUUUUUUUAAAUUACCAUCUACAAUUGUUUUUCUCUUCCUAUUAUCAUAUUAUAUUAUUGAUACUUAAUGAAUGUAUUUAAUCAAUUGGAAGAACUGAAAAAAAGCAUGAAGUCAACAAAAAAACAUUAAAACGUCGCACUUUGCACGGAAAGAGGCAUAUAUCCUGUUAAAUUCUUUCAAACUAAUAAUUUUUCAAAUAUACCUCAUAGCUGCAACCGACCUGCAACGGGACACUACGACUCUGAUGGGGAAAACUUAUUUGGAGAUAAAAAGGACCGAAAAAGUGGAUUUUUUUUUCAAAUUUUAGCAGAAAACGGAUCUUUCAAAAAAUUAGGAAACCGAUAUUGUCCAUCAGAAUUUGAGUUUUCAAAGAUUAUUUUCAGACGGUAAUUGAAAGGAAUAGUUGCUUCAAAAAGUCUCGCAAACCGUUUCAGGUCGGUUGCAGCUAUAAAUUAUCUUAAGUAAGGUUAGAAAUUGAACGAAAUAAGCCUUGAUAUUGAAUUUCGAUUAAAAAUCACCUUUUUUCAUUCAAUUUUCAUCAUUUUUUUAUUUUAGGAAGUAUCGGUAGGUUACCAUUUCUUCUACCUUUCAGUAGAAAGCCUCUUUAUUUUCAGUUUCUUAUUGUAACUUUGAUCUGGAAUUUUUUUUUUGGGUAUUUCUCGUGGAAAAAAUAGGCGGUUUUCGAUAAUUGGCACUGGUAUCGAAUGUGCAAGGGUGUGGUUAGACACUUCAAAAAAAAGGAGCUCUUAGUCUUAAAAAAUUUUUGUUCUAGUUUGGCCUGGAAUAAAGUUCCGCCUGGUUUUUUGAUCUCUUAUUUAAUAUCAAUUCUCGUGUCUGGUUCAUAUGAUUUGCACCAAUCGGCGAGGGAAACGAGUUUAUAUCAAGCUUUAGUAAAUGUCAUUAACGGGGCUUUUCCUUUAUUUAGCUCUUUCUCUCAAUUUUCUUACGAUUUCCGUUCAAUUCGUCAAUAUUAUUUUUUGUAGGCAUCACGUUUUUAUAUAUUAAAAAAAACGAAAUAGUAAUUAGUUCAAUCGCUUUUUACUCUGUCAAAUUAAUAUUAUAAAUUUUUUUGUUGCAGUUCGAAAUAAAAAUUUAAAUUCAACAUCUCAAAAAGUCAAAAAAACGUAAAUCUUGUUGGAUAAACUCGACCGAAAUAAUUUUUAUAAAAAAAUUUUCUGAUUUUUUUCCGGGAUUUUUUUCUUCCAAGUGUGCGAAGAGAAUUGAAAAAAACUAUUUGGUUAUAGGAAAUAACCAUCAAAACUUUAAAAAAAUAUUAUAAUCCUCAUUUUUAUCCAUGGAGCGCAUUUACUCGAAAAUUUCUAAGCUUUAUUCUUUUUGGCUCUUGUUUUUUUAACGAUUUGUUUUUUUGAACAUUAAACGACGCUGUUUAUAAUUUAAAAAAAAAUCAAAAAAGCAUGUAUAUUUUCGUAAAGCAGCUCCUUUCCGAAAAACACCUGUCGAGUGGACUUUUACUCCUAAAAUUUCAAUAAAGUUACUUUUCCAGAUCUUUCCUUUUUCUGCAGCUGAAGAACACUAAACUUCACCUGGAAAGUUAAAAGUUGAAAGUAUCUUGUUUUUUUCACAAUUUUCUUUUUUUUUAAAGCUUAUCAUGGACAAUCUCACGAGAUUGGAAAAAAAGUACUUUCAGAUGAAAAAGACAUUUUUUUAACGGAAUAACUUGGUAUUUUCAUGUCGUCACAGCUAUUAUGGGGAUUUCUUUGAACUGUAUUUUUUUAUCAUUCUUAUUAUCACAAAAACCACAAGGCUUUUUAAAGCCAUAUUGGUCGGUUUUAUCAAGGUUUUUCAACUUUUUGAAAUUUUAAGGAUUCUUCUUGUUAAUGUCGCCACGACGGAUUUGAUUUUAUCGGCCGCGUCUGGCUUCGUAAUGACGAGGUCUAUUUUUUUGGCUUGCAGGAAGAUUUUUAUCAUUUUAUCACUAAAUUUAUCAAAAAUUACGGAGUUUUAGAAUAAUGACGAUCGGUAACAAUAUAGCUUUCGUGUUUCAUGGUUUUUGUGGCCGUUUUGGUAGCGAGCUUUGCUUUCAAGGUGAGUCAUUUGAACUGUCUAGCCUGUCUGCGCUCUUUUUUCUCUCAUCGAAAAAAAGAAAGAAGUCAAAGACAUGAUGAUUGAUGUAUUUUUACAAGGAGAAAUUUGCGUUGGAGCCAUUUUUAUAAGAUAACCGAUGAUCUUUCGAUCUCACAAGCUUAGCUUUCUGCUGCGCCCGACCUUGAGCUACUUUGAAAUAUAGGAAAAUGCAUCUAUGGCCUUCCAAUUCCGAAAAAAAUGACUAUGAAAUACAAUUUAUAGGCCACUCGUUCAUCCUACACUGUCUGGUGCAUUGCGUCCUACUUACAGUAAUCUCUUUCGCCUAUCGUCUUUUCGUUUUAAGACGUCCUCCGCCGAAACCGAUAUUUUUGUGGCUUUCUAUCAUUGCCAUAUAUAUUCCAUCGUUUGUCAUGUUUGUAAGUUUUGAAUAAUUGGAUGGGAAUAUAAUAUUAGAAAUUGAAAAAAAAAUUCUUGAAAAGGUUAUUUACAUCCAAGUAAAAGAAGGUUAUGGAGACACUUAAAAAUCAAAGUUUUCUCAAUUUCACAUCAUUUCCCCGCCAAAACCAUGUUAAUAAAUAGACUUUUUUGAUGAAAAUAUCGUAGUAUCAAAAACUAUAAAAUUAUCAUAUGCGUUUUCAGUACACCUAUCUCUACGCUCUGGAAAAAGACCCUUCAAUAAUUGAAGGCCUAAAAAAGCAGAGGAACAAUAUCGAUUGGGAAAAUUUAGCCCACGGAUUCACAAUCUCCGUUUUUACAUUCACUGUUGCAGGUGUGAAUUUUUGAAGCUCCAAAUUUUUUCAUAAUUACAGGGUGCUGUAAUUAUCUGUUUCUAAUAGCUACGGUCGGAUGUUUCACCGUAAUUAUAAUCCGACGGAAAGCCCAUGCAAUAUUAUUAACAGCCAGCCAGUCUUUGAGCCCCUCUACGAAGAGAGUUCACAAAACUUUGAUGAAGGUCAGAAACUCCAUCGUUUUUUUGGACCUUGAUGAGGAGAAAAUGAGAAGAAAGUUAAACAGAAAAAAUAAAAAUUAGUUGAAAAAGUGCGCUUUUUACUAAAACAUCCACAGGUUGAGAAAAAUUGGUCGCACUUGGAAUGGCUCAAGGCGUUGCGGUUCUUUUUAGCGAUUUUUACCUCGAUUGAAAGAAAAUGCUAAUGCUAUUCAAUGAUAAAAAAAUUAUAAAAAAAAGCCGAGUCUUAUAAAGCAAAAAUGGCUUUUUUCCAAAAUAGCCUCAUGUUGGAAAAAAAAAUUGGUCGCACUUGGAAUGGCUCAACGCGUUGCGGUUGCGUUGCGGCUCAGUUUUGACCGUCAUUCUUUCAAUACCAACGUGCGAAGGACGUUCCGAAGCCGGCUGAUUCACCAAAAACACUUCCCAUGCGUUAGUCAUUCCAAAUGCGGCCAUUUUUGGCUUCUAACAUUCCAAUUUUUAACUUGAAGUCCUCUACUAAUGUCAGGCUCAGCUUGAAAUCGCUGUCUUUUCAUUGUUCAUGCCUCAAAAUACCACUGUUUCGCUCCCCCGAACGGGAAUGGUGUCGAAGUUUAUCUCGACUCCAUUUCAAUGGGUCGGAUCUAAAUUUUACCUCAAAAUCGGGUAUUUAGCUGACGCUAUCAACAUUCUAACUAUCCGAAAGUUCUGCUGGUUUAAAAUCGGUUUUCAUUGUGAAUUUUCGAGCAAAGUUCUUGGCUGUAAAAAUGAGCCUAUCAUUGUCAAAAUUGAAAUACGCAUUGAUGAAUUGGUACUGCUAAACAAUAUAAAUGGAAAAGACCUUUCAAUUCCAAAUUCCAGGCCCUGGCGAUGCAAGCCUCACUUCCAUUCCUCAUGUACAUUGCCGACUUGAUCUUCACCUCGAUUUACCUUUUCGGUAUAAAAUCUUCCCCGAUGGAAAACUCGGUUUUUCUCAUAACUACGCUUCCGCCGGCCUUGUCGCCAAUCAUGUACAUCUACUACGUCCGACCUUAUCGGUUUUUUCAUUUUCAACUUUUGUUCUCAUUGGUUUUUUUUUUAGAAAAGGUCUUCUGGAAUGGAUCAGCAAGUUCACAAGGUGCAAAAAUCAAUUGGCUCCGAUUUAUGUCGCCGGAACGGCUUCGAGUUUUUCCAAAACAUUCCCCACCGGCGAUCAUUAAAAUCAACGAGAAAUCUUGAAAUUUAUUAUUUAUUUUUUUAGAAUUUUUUUCGGGUCUAUGUUUCAAUUGUAUUUGCAUUUAUUAAAACUCAUUUCCAAAUAAAUAUUCUCAAAUUUUAAAUUUUCAAGAGUUGGGUGAGUGUGUUGCUUCGUUUUUUUAUAUCAAUCAAAAAUUUUUUUAACUUUAAAAUCAAAAAUUCUGGAAAGUUGUUAGGCCAAUGGCGUCAUCGUCCCUUUUUUUCUAUUCGAAAUCUCAUUUUAUUUUUAUUUUUUUCUCAAUUUACGGAAAUUUUUAUUUUUGAUUCAACUUAUAAAAGUAAACGUUGAAAAAAGAACAAUAUGACGCGAUACACAGAAAAGAACGGAAAUUGAAAUCUCCGAAUUGUUUUCCUCGGGAAAAAAGUAGGUAUUUGUGAAGUUAACUUUAUUUUGAGCAGCAUCAGAAAACUGGAAAACAAGGCCUUUUUCAAUUUAAAAUCUGCCCUCUAACUGCAUUUUUGGGCAGCAGGUUCCUUAAAGAUUAAUUUUUUUAGCUUUUUCUCUUUUUCUAGUAGUCCUAGCUUCAAAAAAAUUUCUAUGGAAAAAAACUUUCUCUCAUUAUUUUUUUACAUCAUUUUCAAAAGAAUUAUUAUACUUCCCAUAAGAAUUUUUCCAGAAGUUGAACACAAACCGAGACUUCACCUUAAACAAAAUUGUGUAAAAUCAUCAAAUCUCGUGGGAAAAGUAGUUGAGCAUGAGAAAGUUCAAUUUUUGUCAAAACUGACUUUUGAGCCCGAGUUUGAUGCCUGGAAAAAAGAGAAUUUAAAAUUUCAGCCCACAAGCGGACAAGAAAUCAAGCUGAAGACAGAUUUUUAUUCUGAAUUUCUAAUUAACGUCAUUGUUACCGUCUACGGCAUUUCAAAAAUGAAGGAAAUUCCGAGAAAAAGGCCGAUUUAGUUGUCGCAUUAUGAAUAAGCGUAAUUAAAGAGGCAAAAAGAGAGUAAAGUCGGUUUUUAGAUCCUUUUUCCAUUCAUUUUGAACCAGAAAAAAUUGCACUUUAUUUUUUUUAAGCUGAAAAUGGAAGUCUUCGACGUCAUAACUUGGCAUCUACACGUCAUUCCGGCCAUUUUAGGCAUCUUUUUGAAUUUUUUAUUUCUACUAUUGAUUUUUACAAAAACGACACGACUUUUGAAACCGUAUUGGUUAGUUUCUUUCCUUGAAAAUCAGAAAAAAAUGUAUUCUUUUGAAGGAUUCUUCUUCUAAACGUCGCCAGCACCGAUUUGCUUUGUUCGGCUGCAUCCGGAUUCGUCAUGACUCGGUUUUUUUUUGGUAUUUAAGAAAAAUUUUAAGAAAUGGAAAUUUCAGGAUCAUGACAAUCGAUAAUCACUUGGGAUUCAUUUUUCCUGGCCCCUGCCGUUAUUUUGGCGAGAAAAUUUGUUUUUGGGGUGAGUUUAAGUCCUACAGUGGCUACUUGAGAAGUUCCUAUUCUGAACUUGCCAAGUGGCCGCUUAAGAGAUUACCCCUACUGAAAUUUCCGUGGUUAGAUUUUUAGUGGAAUAACUACUCAAUUGACCACUCAAACUCCUCAAAAAUUAGUCUCUUCAAGUAGAUUCAAUGCUUAAGUGACCACUCGAGACUCAAACCCCUCAAGUAGCCACUCUAAAAUUUCCUAGUUAUUUCUUCAAUAAAGCGAUCCCUUCAGGGCACUCGUUCAUGCUGAUGGUCUUGGCGCAUUGCGUCGUACUCACAGUAAUCUCCUUCGCCUAUCGUCUUUUCGUGUUGAGACAUCCACCGCCAAGUCAACGGCUUCUUUGGCUUUCUAUCUUCCUUGGCUUUCUUCCAUCUUUCGUCAUGUUUGUCAGUUUUGUGCUUUUUUAAAGAAAAAGCAAAAUAAAAUUACAGUACACCUAUCUCUACGCCUUGGAAUCAGAUCCUACAGUAACCAAUGAUCUGAAAAAUCAAAGGUCCGAUAUAAUUUGGGACAGUUAUACUCAUGCGUUCACCAUCACAGCCUUCUCCCCAACUGUGGCAGGUAAAAUUAAUUUUUUUUAACAUUCAAAAAAUUAAAUUAAGGAUGCUGUACCUAUUUGGGCGUCUUGACCACGGCCGCUAUCGCUACAGUACUCAUAAUUCGACGAAAAGCUCAAAAGAUCUUGACUAACGCCAGUGAAUCGUUGAGCCCAUCGACGAAGCAGCUUCACAAAACAUUGAUGAAGGUACAAUUUUUUGCAGCUUUUGACGGGAAAUAAAGAUUUGAAAAAUGAAGGAAAAUUUAGGAAAAAUAUAGUCAAUGUUUCCCGACUUGAAAGGCGAAGGAGGCGGGGCAUGAGGCGGGACGCGUAGCGUGUGCGUACGCGGUUCUUGGCACGAUUUCAAUUCAUUCACCGCCGAUUUUUUAAAAAGCUCGUCAACCGCACUUUUUCUGUAUUUUCUACUAUUUUUUGAUGCGAACAUGAACACAAUCAAUAAAUAAUUGAAAAAGGAAUGAAAAGAGCGAAAAACGGGCUUUCCAAAGAGUCGCUGGCGGUUAAAUUGAAUUCGUGCCAAGAACCGCGUACGCACACGCUACGCGUCCCUCCCCUGCCCCGCCUCCUUCGCCUUUCAAGUCGGGAAACAUUGACUAUACAUUUUUUUUUAGAAUCUAUUAAACUUCCACUACUUUAAAAUUUCGUUAACAUGAAAAAAUAUCGGGAUAUGAUAAAACAAAUCCAUACGGCAGAAGUGCGAUCUCUUUCAAAAAUGUAGGGACCGCAAAGCCACGCCCCUUUUCGCGAUAGAAAAAGUGGCUUUUUUUUGGUUUUCAACUUUCAUUUUGUUGUAGUUGCAAAAUAUGUGGAACUGGAUAAUAAACUUUGACACACAUGUACAGAAAAAGCUUCCUCUUUCGUUUAAAAAAAAUAUUUCACGCUUUUUUUGAUGCGUUCUCGCGGAAUGUCGUACAAAAAAACGUGAAUGGAACUAAAAAAAUUUUGUCAUUUUUUUGCUUUUUUUCAUGUGUUUUUCAGGUCGAACGCACUCUUUCUUUUUUUAAAUAAUGAUUUUUGAUUCAAGUAACGAAAAUUUUUAAAACAAUAAAAUAAAAAAAUUCCUCUUUGCCAAAAAAAAUUUUUAGGGAGCGCCGAAAGUCAUAAUUCAAAAAUAUCGUUAAUAAGCGAAUAUAAUCAAGUUUUUUUGUUUUUUUAAAAAAAUUUAGACCAUGGGCUUACUUAAAUUUUUUUCUCCACAGCAUCUGUGUUUGAAAAAAAGUUGUGUGAUACGCAAAAAAAUGCUCUUGAAAAUAGAGAAUAAAAUUAGCGGCGUUUAUCACACAGAAAGCGGCCGAACGCAGGUUUUUUAAACGAUUAUAUACAUUUAUUAGUGAAAAAUCUUUCAAUUGAAAGAAUAAAAUAAAAAAUUCGUCUUUGCCAAAAAAUUUACGGGGCCGUUUUAAGGCAGCGAUCGUUAAACGAGGAAAAAAAGCACUAAAAAAACAGUUUUUUUCGAAGUGAAUUUUUCACGGAAAGUUUGAGUAAAGAUUUGCGAACAUAUUCUGAUAAAAAAAUAGCUGAAUUACUUCAAGUUUUUUUAUUUUUUUGAAAUAGGCAAUCUGUGCUAUCUAAACGGCUCAAGGGUAAGGCGGAUGGAAGCUCCCCUUGCUAGACCUAGCAGCUUGGCGCAGCGCGUGCGCUGCGAUUUUUUUCAUUUUGAGGUCGCGAGUUCGAUGCCCGCAAGCGUCAGUUUUUUUGUUUUCUGGAAAAUACCGACUUUUUUUCGGCAAACUAGCUGAUGAGCAUCAUUUUAGCACUCUAUUAUGAUUUGUUACAUCAUAAUAGACCAGUAUCAAAAACUUGUUCUAGAAGAAAAAAAUCGAGAAAAAAAUGUCAAAAUGGAUAAUACCAAAAUUUCAGUACUAAAAAAAUGGUGCGCGGCGCGCCACAUUUUUUCGUCAUAACUUGAAUAUUGAAUAUUUAUUUCACUCCAAUACAUAAAAAUAACAUGAGCUAUAAAGAAAGAGGCAAAGUUGGGCAAGAAUUGUAUGGGAGUGAAAUGAGCACCGGUUUUUAAUACGCCCUCACGAGCGAGAUUUACCGGUAUAGGGAAUAGAACACGUAGAAGGAUUUUUGAUCACAGUAGACGUAAGGGAAUGUUGGAAAAGAGUUCUUCGUUGCUUAGCGAGUCGAGAAACUUUCUGAAACGGGUGGUAGACGUGUUAGGGUUGAAUCUUGAGCAGAGUCUAUUCCAAAGAGGAAUGACAGUGCUAAAAAAACUAUUAAAUCGGGAACCAGUCUGAAUCAAACGAAAAGGAUACCGAGGUGAACGACUUCUACUGAAAAACUUUUCUGCGCUAGGAAAGUGGUAAAUGCCCAGGACGAUUUUUUGAAGCGUUACUAGAGCAAUAGAAGUUCUCCUACGGAAAACAUGAGUAGAACCGAGUACAUCAAGGCGAUGGGAGUAUGUGUCAAAGGAUUUAUUACGUCUCAUGAAAACUUGCCUAGUAUAAUGACGGUAAGGUUUUUCAAGGAGGACGGAAAGUUCUGAAUUUAUAGGCGGUGAGAAGAUUUCAGAGCAAUAGUCAAGAUAGGGUCUAGCAUACAUGUUGAAUAGUAAAUUAUACUGCUGGAUGUUCAAGUGAGCAAAAAGCUUUGAGCAGCUGUUUAGAUUUGAGAGUGGCAAUGUUGACUACAUGAUUAAUGUGAGGGCUGAAACAAAAAAAUUUUUUUAUCGAUAAAGGAGACCGAGGUCUCUGACAACAGUUUCAGAUCGAAUAGGUGAGCCAUUAACAUUGUAAACAUGUUCAGGAUUGUUUCUGCCUAGAUGAAGAACAACAGUUUUAUUGGCCGCAACUGGGAGGCCCCAAGUUUUUGGACCAAUCGAGCAAUCUAUUUAUACUGUCUUGGAUAGCAUCAGGGUUAUCUGAAGAGAUUUUCAAGUCAUCGGCGAACAAAUAUGAAGUAACGGAAGAAUCAAAGAUAUCUGGGAGGUCGUUGACAAAAAUUAGGAAAAGAAGCGGGCCAGUGACAGUGCCUUGUAAGCCCUUUAAACGAUUAUAUACAUUUAUUAGUGAAAAAAAUAUUUCAAUUAAAAAGAAUAAAAUAAAAAAAUUCGUCUUUGCCAAAAAAAUUUACGGGGCCGUUUUAAGGCAGCGAUCGUUAAACGAGGAAAAAAAGCACUAAAAAAAACAGUUUUUUUCGAAGUGAAUUUUUCACGGAAAGUUUGAGUAAAGAUUUGCGAACAUAUUCUGAUAAAAAAAUAGCUGAAUUACUUCAAGUUUUUUUAUUUUUUUGAAAUAGGCAAUCUGUGCUAUCUAAACGGCUCAAGGGUAAGGCGGAUGGAAGCUCCCCUUGCUAGACCUAGCAGCUUGGCGCAGCGCGUGCGCUGCGAUUUUUUUCAUUUUGAGGUCGCGAGUUCGAUGCCCGCAAGCGUCAGUUUUUUUGUUUUCUGGAAAAAUACCGACUUUUUUUCGGCAAACUAGCUGAUGAGCAUCAUUUUAGCACUCUAUUAUGAUUUGUUACAUCAUAAUAGACCAGUAUCAAAACUUGUUCUAGAAGAAAAAUCGAGAAAAAUGUCAAAAUGGAUAAUACCAAAAUUUCAGUACUAAAAAAAUGGUGCGCGGCGCGCCACAUUUUUCGUCAUAACUUUUUUCAUCCUCAAUCUUUUUCGAAAAACUAAACGGUUCUGAGUUUUGAAUCGAAACAGCUAUCAAACCAUACAAAGCUCAAUGCUGAAAAAAAUUUUUUGAAAAUUGGUCUGCGGUCCCUACAAAAAUGAAACCUGGACUUUAAGAAAAAAAGAAGCGUAGAGUUCCAAAAAUGUUCUUAUUAUUCAUAAAUCUUGAAAAAAUCUGUAAACAAUUUCGCAAUUUGAAAAAGGUCGAACGAUCCGUUUUCAAGUUACCUGCAACUCGUUUGCAGCUCAAUUGCAGCCUUACGAAGAACUUGCAAUACAGCCAAAAUUGCAACCUAGCUGCAAAUGACCCUCUGUCGAGCUACAACUCAGCCUGUUUCUGCUUACAAACUGCAAACUUCCUGCAGUUUGUAUGCAAACUAGUCUGUACUGAGUUGCAAAGUUCUUACUACUGGUUACCCGAGUAAGAUCUUGAGAUUUGUACCAUUUAUAUCUAAAUAAUUGGGAGAAAACCUUUUUCGGAAAUUCGAAACUUUUUUACCUUUUUCUUUCUCCUAAACUUCUGGAUUUUCCACAUCAAUUUCCAAAAAUUCAACAUAAAAUAGUCGAAUAUCACAUCAAGCAACGUAACUCCAGCUGAACUAUAGUCAAAAUGUCGUUGCUGAACGCUGCUCAAACUAUUUUUCCCUUUUUCCAGGCCCUAGCGGUUCAAGCUUCCCUUCCAUUCCUUAUGUACAUCGCCGACUUGAUGUUCACCUCGAUCUACCUUUUCGAAAUAAAAUCUUCGCCCGUUGAAAGCUCAGUUUUCCUGAUAACGACUUUUCCGCCGGCCUUGUCCCCUAUCUUGUACAUUUACUACGUUCGGCCCUACAGGUUUGUAAAAUUUUUUUCUCUUUUUUUCUAAAAAGAAUGAAUUUCUUUAUCUUUAGAAAAAGGCCUACUGGAAUGGACCAGAAGAUGUACAGGAUACAAGAAUCAACUACCUCCAAUUUAUGUCGCCGGGACGGCUUCGAACUUCUCAAAAACUUAUCCUGCCAUCGAACAUUGACAGGAAAAUGA